AUGCUUCCUCCGACGCAGGCAGAACCAUCGUUGAAGAAAAUGGAAAAAUUCACCAUCGAGAGACUCCACAAAGCCUUCGAGAUCGACAGCCUCAAGACCUCCCAUCAGAUCAGCGUCGCGUUGGAGAUCCCAGCGAGAUCUCGGAAAUUUUCGACCGAAUCGAGGGCCUCUAUUGUCCGCAUGAUGACUUAUUUUCUGGGCGAGUCUACCUUCCGCAGAGGACUGAACAGUUACCUUAACACCUUCGCAUACACCAACGCCGAACAGGACGAUCUCUGGGAACACCUGACAGCCGCUGCUCACCGUGACCGAAAGCUUCCCGAGAGCUUGACCAUGAAGACGAUCAUGGACACGUGGACGCUACAGAAGGGUUUCCCAGUCAUCAAGGUAGCGAGGAGUCCAGAUGGCACGUCCGCCCAGGUCUCUCAGGAACAUUUUAUGCUGAUGAAGGAGAGAAAUCCGAGCAGGACCAAAGCCUUGCGAUGGUGGGUUCCUCUCAGCUUCACGUCGCAGCGCGAGGCCAACUUCAACCAGACAGAAGCCAGGGGCUGGAUGAAGGACUCUGAGGAGAGAAUUACUCUCACGUCACUGCCCCCGAAGGACCAGUGGGUCAUCUUCAACCUGCAGCAGACGGGCUACUACCGAGUCAACUACGACGACCACAACUGGGGCCUCCUCAUCCAGCAGCUGAGGGACGACCACAAGGUCAUCCACGUCGUCAACCGAGCGCAGAUCAUCGACGACGCCAUGAAUCUUGCUCGAACCGAAAAGGGGCCGUGGACCUCCGGCAUUUCGAACGUCGGCUAUGUGAUGCUCAUGCUGGGCCAGACACCUGCUCUCCCUGCGCUGAGGGUGAAGUAG